AUGCCCAAGAAAGGAGGAAAGCAUGCUGAAAUGGGGAAGGAAAUGCAGAUACAGUGUAAACGAGCAAAGGUGGAAGCAGCUUGUUCUCCAUCAGUCAUGAGUUUUGAGAGCCCAGACAGCCUCUUCGGAAGCUUGAUCUCUCCCAUCAAACAAGAGGUGUUUUUCAGGGAGUAUUGGGAACAAAAGCCACUGCUUGUUCAGAGAAAUGAUCCCUUGCUGGCUGCUUACUACCAGUCCCUGUUCCAGUUGUCAGAUUUGAAGGAGCUGUGCAGCCAAGGUCUCUAUUAUGGACGAGAUGUAAAUAUCUGCAGAUGUGUGAAUGGAAAAAAGAAAGUUUUAAAUAAAGAAGGCAAAGUGAACUACAUGCAGCUGAAGAAGGACUUUGAUCAGAAAAAGGCAACAAUACAGUUUCAUCAGCCUCAGAGAUUUAAGGAGGAGCUGUGGAAGAUCCAGGAGAAGCUGGAGUGCUACUUCGGGUCUCUGGUUGGGUCGAACGUUUACGUUACUCCUCAGGGGUCGCAGGGCCUUCCCCCUCACUACGAUGAUGUUGAGGUGUUUAUCCUUCAGCUGGAAGGUGAGAAACAUUGGCGGCUCUACAAACCAACAGUGCAUUUAGCUCGGGAAUAUAAUGUUGAAUCAGAAGAUAGGAUUGGGAGUCCCACACAUGAAUUCAUAUUAAAGCCAGGUGACUUGCUGUACUUCCCGAGAGGGACUGUUCACCAAGCUGACACCCCUCUUGGGAUCUCCUAUUCUACACACGUGACCAUCAGUACCUACCAAAACAACUCUUGGGGAGAUUUCUUACUGGAUGCAAUACCUGGCCUUGUGUUCGAUACAGCGAAAGAAGAUGUGGUGCUGCGGACAAGCAUACCAAGGCAACUGCUUAUGCAGGUGGAUAUAGCUGACUCGACUAAAAAACUGAGUAGCCUUUUGAGAAGGCUUGCCGACCGUGUGGAAAACACCAGAGAGCUGAGAUCGUCUGACAUGAAGAAGGAUUUCAUUAUGAAUCGGCUGCCACCUUACCUGGGAUGUGACUCUGAUCCUUUAAUGCCAGGUGGGAAGUUCCCAAAAAUAGAUAGCAAAAUCAGACUGCAGUUUCGAGAUCAUGCUAUCAUUACAGUGGAACCAGAUCAAGAGAAUUCUGUAAGUACAAGAUGUGGUGGAUGUGGUCUACCUUGA